AUGUUCCUGGUAAAUUCACUAGUGCGUGGGAAGGGCUGCGGCCGCGGACACGGCAAGGCGGGGGGCACCACGGGCAGAACAGGCCGGGUCGUCUGUGGCAUUAGUGCAGUUGCAAUCAGUUAUAACCCAGAGCCCCCGCCCCCUCUAUCUCAUGUCUCCAACGCUGAGGCCAAUGAAAGCGAUGAGAUCCGACAGUUCAGGAAGCAGUUUGCGGAGCUGUCGGGAGACAAAAUGGAAAUCAGCGCCUCAGAACUCAUGGACAUCUUGAAUCAGGCAAUGACUCAACACUCUGAUCUGAAGACCGACUGUUUGGGAAUCCACACCUGUCGGAGCAUGGUGGCCGUCAUGGACAGCGAGACCAGCGGAAAACUUGGCUUUGAGGAGUUUAAGUAUUUGUGGAAAAACGUAAAGAAGUGGCAGGCCAUCUACAAAGAGUAUGUCAAAGACCUCUCGCGGACCAUCGGCCUCCAGGAGCUUCCUGCCGCCUUUGUGACUGCAGGUUUCCAGCUCAACCCGGAGCUGUACCAAGUGAUAGUUCGUCGAUACUCUGACGAUGAGGGGAGUUUAGACUUCAACGACUUCAUCUGUUGCCUCGUGCGUCUUGACUCCAUGUUUCGUGCCUUCAAGUCUCUGGAAAAAGAUGGCAGCGGGCAGAUCUGUCUGAACUUCCAAGAGUGGCUGCAGCUGACCUUGUACUCCUGA